AUAUUGCCAAUGCCAAUGUUACUUCAGUUUCUUGUCACUAAGUGGAGGUAAAUCUAGGAAAGGUUAAAAAAGCUAGCUUUUGGUGACAGCUUUUAUCGAAAAUAUUUGAAGUACAUUGUUGUAUAAUAUUGUUGAUAGAGAACGGUUUUUUAAGCUUUAACUCAAAAUAUUAAUUAGUGUAAUAUAACCUCCAAGAAUGUCGGUCACUGUUAUUGAUACAAUUGACAAAUUCAACAGUUUUAUAAGCUCGUCAUCCCUUAGUGUGGUCCAUUUUUCUGCAGAAUGGGCUGAGCAAUGUAAACAAGUCACUGACGUUUUGCAAGAGUUGAUAAAAUUACCUGAAGCGAAAAAUGUUGGUACCCAGUUUGGUAUUUGUGAUGCCGAAGGUCUUUCAGAAGUAUCAUUGAAGUAUAAGAUAGAUUCAGUUCCAACUGUUAUAUUUUUCAAAAAUAGUCAACAAAUUGAUAGAAUAGAUGGAGUAGAUGUUGCUCAAAUGUCUUCUAAGGUUAAAUCAUACAGUACCGGAAAAUCUGUUCAGAAUGAGUCCCCUAAACAAACGCUAGAAGAACGCCUGAAGAGCCUCAUAAAUAAACACAAUGUAAUGAUAUUUAUGAAAGGAACCAGGGAUGGACCAAGAUGUGGUUUUAGUAAACAACUUAUCCACAUAUUGAAUGAGACAGGUGUCCAAUAUGAUACAUUUGAUAUUUUAACUGAUGAAGAAGUGCGUCAAGGUCUUAAACAAUUUUCCCAAUGGCCAACUUACCCUCAAGUGUAUGUAAAAGGAGAAUUGAUUGGUGGCCUUGAUAUAAUCAAGGAGCUUUUAGAGAAUGGUGAAUUAGAAUCUACUUUAAAUGCGUAAUUUAGUAUGUGCUUUAGUGGAUUAUUAUUUAUUGUAAUAAAUUUUUUAUAGAUA